AACCUUCGGAAACCCUCGCGCACUUUGCCCUCACGGUUCUCUCUACGACUCUCGUCGCCCGCUCCAUCCUCUGUUCCUCUUCCAGUCUCCAUCUCAUGGCCUCUCGUUGUCGUUCGAUCUCGAGACCUGCCGUCUCUUUCCUCAAGUCUUCCAUGAGGAAAACCAUCAGCCCGCUCUCUCCUAAUCUUCUCACUCGUCCCGUUCCUUCUUUUCCGAGGGUUCCUCGCGCGAUGGGUUCCUUGCAAUCCCUCCUGCCGUUCCACAGCGCGGUGUCUUCGGCUCGGCUGACCUCGCGGCUCGGGAUAGACUCCACGGCGGGCUCGAGGUCGCUGUCCCAGGGUACGCUCUGCAGUUCCAACCCCGGAGUCUGAUCCUUUCUUUCCCCCCAAUUUCUCUCUGAACUAUCUUGUGGAAAACAGGCCUUUUUGAUUGAUAAAAGGCUCUAUUGGCUGCGGAUGUAGUUUACCUCAAAGCUUCCUUAGAAAAAAACUUUGAUCUGGACAUUUGCAGUUUGAGCUGCACGAAAAUUGAGUUGAGGUCAUUGUUGUAAGGCACUCAUCUUUGUUAAAUUAUGAAUUAUGUUACACCCCUCACAAAGAAGGGAGCUGAUUUAUUUUGGGGUAUCGUACUGUUGUGUGUUUCUCAAAAAAAAUUGUAACUCUUUGGCGCAUGUCAUAUUAUCAUAUCUGUUCUAAAACCUUGAGGAGCUGCAGUUCUCAAAUUUGUCACUGAGAAUCUAUUGUAUAAUACAUGGUCACUGGAGAAUGUGAUGAUGGAAUUUCAGUCAAAUAAAUCAGCAGGCCGGCCUUUCCUCCGUA